GCAGCUCAAACAAUGUGGAUGGAUGGGAAUUUUGCACUAGGCGCAAGCUAUAUUAGCUUAUGACAUGGUUCUUUUUCCCGGAGUUCCAUUCGGAGAUUACAAUUUUGUCCAAGAUUGGUUACUGCGAAGAACAGUCGGAAAUGAUCCUUGUAUACGAGUAUAUGGAAAAGGGACCGUUAAGGAAUCACUUAUACGGGUCGAAUCUACCUCCAUUAUCAUGGAAACAGAGGCUUGAAAUAUGCAUUAGAGCCGCACGUGGGCUUCAUUAUCUUCACACGGGUUCAGCACAAGGUAUGAUUCAUAGAGACAUAAAGUUCACAAAUAUAUUACUUGACGAAAGUAACCUCGCGAAGGUGGCGGACUUCGGACUCUCGAGGUCGGGCCCGUGUUUAAGUGAGACUCAUGUUAGCACAGGCGUGAAGGGUAGUUUUGGGUACUUGGAUUCUUUUUCCCGGAGUUCCAUUCGGAGAUUACAAUUUUGUCCAAGAUUGGUUACUGCGAAGAACAGUCGGAAAUGAUCCUUGUAUACGAGUAUAUGGAAAAGGGACCGUUAAGGAAUCACUUAUACGGGUCGAAUCUACCUCCAUUAUCAUGGAAACAGAGGCUUGAAAUAUGCAUUAGAGCCGCACGUGGGCUUCAUUAUCUUCACACGGGUUCAGCACAAGGUAUGAUUCAUAGAGACAUAAAGUCCACAAAUAUAUUACUUGACGAAAGUAACCUCGCGAAGGUGGCGGACUUCGGACUCUCGAGGUCGGGCCCGUGUUUAAGUGAGACUCAUGUUAGCACAGGCGUGAAGGGUAGUUUUGGGUACUUGGAUCUUGAAUACUUUCGGAGGCAACAACUUACUGAUAAAUCAGACGUUUCUUCGUUUGGGGUUGUGCUCUUUGAAAUACUCUGUGCUCGGCCUGCUGUUGACCCGAUGCUGGGCCGAGAAGAGGUCAAUUUAGGCGAGUGGGCAAUUCAUUGGAAGAGGAAAGGGUUGCUUAAAAAGAUUGUGAACCCGCGUAUUUCUGACCAGAUAAAACUGGCGUCUUUGAAAAAGUAUGCGGACAUGGCUGAGAAAUGUUUGGUGGAUUACGGUGUCGAUAGACCAACUAUGGGCGAUGUAUUAUGGAACAUAGAAUAUGCACUUCAGAUUCAAGAAACCGAAAGUGUGGAUUCAGCGAGAACGGGUCACACAGGUGCACCAGAAAUUGUAUCCGGUGAUGGAUCGAGCAAUGUUGAUGGUUCACUUUCGGGCUCAAAAACAAAUAUUGUUAACGGGACUUCACAUAGUAAACAAAUAAAUUGUAGAUAGGAGAUUUGGAUAGUUGGCAUAUUAUUUAAGGUCUAACCAGCUAUCCUCUUUGUUUUAUAUUUAGUGUUUUUUUAAACAACAUUAAUAGCAUGAGUCGUUAA